ACUUUGCUGCAGAUGGAAACCAGCAGGUGGAUUAUCGCAGAAUUGUGGGAGAAACUCAGCCAUCACGUCCUCAUGUUUUAUCCAGGGAAGGUGAGCUUUACGCCCGGCAAACUUCCCAUGGUCAUGGACACGAAACUGCAGCCCAGAGGUACAGCGCCACGCGUAUCCAGGCUGGUCUAGGCCCAGAGAGGUGAGUUUCUAGGGACACAUGAAGAGAAAUAGCCACUAAACGCUGCAGUUAGGUAGAAAUAGAUCAAUACAUGAUGAUUUAUUGGACAGCGACAUCUUUUUGUAACUACUUUCAAUUGCAAAUCACUCCUUCUCCUGGUUUAUUUGAUCAAAAGUUAGAGCUUUGCAGGAAAUUUUGCAUCAAGUCAACUUUUUUAGAAUAAUCAUGGGUGCAAAAACAUCACGUGGUAGAAGAACAAAACAAUUGCAACCCUCUGCCAAUAUCUAGUUUAAAAAUCUGUGUACUCUUACAUGCAAUGCUAUCAGAAGGCAGCACAUGUAAACUAGCAUCAUGCCGUGGGGUCAGUUUACACAUCCACGCUUCUGCAUUUAGAUCAGCUUGCAAAUACCCUUCAGUGUCAACCUCUCGCUUUGGCUGACACACUUCAUUUUGUUUGAAGGCUUUCUAGAUAAUGCUCUGGGCUUGUGUUUAGAUGCCAAAUCAACAAAAAGCGACUUAUCUGAAGUUGUCAGGUGCUAUUUUUAACACAGUCCCCUCUGCUCCCCUCCCUUUGUGCGCUUCGACAGUUUUGCGACUCAACAUGAAGGCAGGAGCGAACAGCACGCUGUAGGGAGGAUAAACAAGGCUGAAUCAAACGCUCAGAAUAGCUACAGUGCAAAAAGGAACCACUGACCCAUAUCUGCAAUGACCCACAUUUAAUUGGACACAAACAUAGAAGGGGAAACGGAUCCCCCUGAGUCACCUUGGCAGACAUAUCUAGAAAGCGAUAACUAAUUUAGAACAAGUGAGGACUUAAAGUUUAUUGGGUUAGAGGGUGGUUUUUAAUCUAAUGUUGCAUCUGAAAUGCUUUUAGAGCUUGUCUGCAUGAAAUAAACAUUAUGUAACACUUACUGCUCUGGGACCAGAAAUAAACUUAAAUAAACAGACUCUUAUCUCUAGCAUGCAAGGAGGCAAUGUCAAAGUUAAAGGUGUCAACAACAUAAAUAAUAUCUGUAAUCGCAUGUCUGAAUCCUAAUCCUGCACUUAUUGUUCAUUUUCUAUGACACUCUCGUAAAUAGCUCCAUCACAAAACAGGUGUGAGUGAUUCAUUUUUAUAGUUUAUGAAUGUCUUUGUUAAACUGCAAUUAGGUAAGUCUGAAAGCACAAGAUGCAGGACUUUUAAUCCAAGUAAAAUAGAUGUUUAGGUAGUCAAAGUCGCGUAUAAUCUGUUUUUUCAGUACCAAGAGUAAAAUCUUAAUCCAUUCUGCAACAUUUUAUUCUUAUCUCCUGCUUUGUGAGUCAGUGAAAGAGGCGAUAAAAGACAAUGGCAGUCACAGUUUCAGUGGUCAGAAAGCAGCACUGAUUUACUGUCCGCAACGCACGCCAACUCUCAUCCCCGUCGGCAUCUUUCGAUGAUGAAAGCAGCACAGAGACACUGUGUCAACUAACAUGACUGUGCAUGAGUGUGCACAACUUCCCAGGAAAAGACGGUGUGCCUCUGUACUUGUGGUUUUAUGUUGCUUAUCUGGGGCCAGAAAAGUAAAAUGUUUGUGUGAAACUUAUCUCCUGUAAGCACAAGAGGGAGUGCCUGGGGCUUUUUUGUUAUUUUUUAGAGUCAUUUUAAGAGACUGCAGCUAAAUAAGAACAACAUUAUUUCACAAUUAGUUAUGAAAAGGGCCAAAAAAUACAUGCUCUAAUUGCAGCCUUUGUGAUUCCAUUCUGUGACCCAAUGUUUUCUUAGUAAAGCCAAUGAUAGAACCGCUUCAUUCCUCAGGUAACAGUCACUAGUAGUAUUGUGAAAAUCAUGCUACUGAUGCACUAUUUGUGAGGCUGUUUAUUGCUGUACUCACUAUUCCAUUACCUCAUAUAGUCACAAAAUAAGAGGGCAAGUUUAGGUCAUACAGAGGCAUUAGAAUAAAUAUUAGAGAUAUAAGAUUACAUAGAAGAAGUUGCCUCUUCCACAGCCUGUGACAUGCUGCCUCUCUGCACACUUCUCUGAACAGAUCAUGUGAACAGAACAUGGUUGCCCUUUCCUCUUCAUUACACUUAAUCCAGUUUAGAUGAGUGGCAUGUGACCAAAAUUCAAAGAGUGCUGCUUAAAUUUAACAGGAUGUUUCUCCACGUAAAGACAACUAUAAGGCAUAAAAGAUCUGAUUUAGAUGACACUCAGUUUACCCAUCAGCUGCUUUCAAUAAUACCUGCAGGAGAGCGGCAAAUACUAGAUGGUUAUAUGUAUUAAUACGCUGCCAAAUACAGUGGUAAAGGAAGAACUUAGCUUGAAUAGGGGGAAAUUUCCACAUUUGUAGUGUUAUUUUUACUCGUGUGAAGUUGUUUCUAGAGUGAAGGUAUCAAAGUGUAUGACUCCUAUACGUUUUAUGGAAGUCAAUUAUGUGUACUGGUGCAAACAGUACAGUGUUUCCCCUUGCAAAUAUAGAGGAAGGAUAUAGACACACUGUGUUCAGUAUCUCAAAACUUCAAAACUGUAUCUAAGCACAGUUCACUGUAAGUAAAUGUAUGUCUUUCCCUGCUGCCCAAGCUAAAAAUAUUCAAAUGAGAGUAUGGAAAAACUAUAACAGCAAACCCAUAUGAUGCCAAAUAUAGCACCUAGGCAUUAACUGGCAGCUAUUAUAAACCGGUCUGCCUGCAUUUCAGAGAUGAUACUUUCACGGACGAGUAGAAACAAUACUUAAGUAUUCUAACCCAGUAAAAGAAUUAUUACUUAAAUAACAUUUUAAUUGAAGCUACUGUGAGGACUUCCUGUUUGUGUUGGACAAAGUGGUAACACUUUCAUUGUUACUGAUUUGGUCUCAUCUCUGUGAAAAUUAGAUUACAUUAGAUGAGACAGAACUUUAUUGUUCCUUUUGGGAAGGUUCCCUCAAGGAAAUUAAAAUUACGACAUAUUACUUGAGUGAUUUAUAGACUGGUACUCUAUUUUAAGCCACUUACUUUUGAAGUUGGAGGUAGGGAAAGCAAGACAACCCUGGAAGUUGUAAAAAAAAAAAAAGUGUUUUUACAUAAUAAACUGAACAGCUUUCAUGCAUCCUUGGCGUCAUUUUACUUCAUAGAUGGUCCCUGCACAUUCACACCAUUGCCAGGCUGUGCAUGGGGAUUUGUCAGCUAGCAUCUACACUAAAAUCAUCUAUUCAAUCUGUUUGCAACAGACUGCAUUAUAAUCUGCAACACUUUUUUGUCCUUAAAAUGCAUACCUUGGAAAACAUCUUCUUUUUGAGUUUUAAGGUAAAUAAAAAGUAUCCUAAAAGCUCAACUCAAUUACAAAAACAUGAGUAAAUGUAGACUAAUUAGUUACCUUCCACCCCUGCUCACACAUGAAUGACUCUUGUUGCAGACUAACACAGUGUUCUUCCAGGGAUCCUAAAUUUACCCGCAGCAAAUAGAGAGGGUUAAACCCGCCUCCAAGAGGAGAGGGGAUGUGACGCUGCUGGUACAUAACACCAAUGCACACUGUCCGCUGCGACAGGCAAUCACUUCUGAAUCACUUUGGUGCUGAUCUGUACUUUUACAUCUUGGAGCCACCCGUGUUUUCAUCCACUUUCUUCUUCAAGGUAAAUGUACCACCAUGUAGUUCACCACCUCUCCUUUUUACCCCGAUGUGUGUGGACGCACAGCUGGAAAGUUGCUUCCCUUUGGCCAACGUGGGCAUCAGUUCCAUACGGUAGUUCGCUAACGUUACUCGGUACAAGGAAAAGGUUGGAUUUUAAAGACUCUCAAAAGCUACGUACUAGACUUGUUACAUAUUGAAAGAGGGGAAUAAUCGCUUUUAAGUCUCUUGAAGGUUUCUCAGCGGCUAAACUAAAACAGUCGAGACGCUAAUGCUAAUUGCUAACAUGCUCCCACAUGGAAGUGCAACGUUUACGUACAGUGGACGCAGCGCGUGACAUUUCUUCAAAAAGUUCAGUUAAUUCAAAAUUUAAAUGUUAACGGAAACACAAUUGUUUUAAUUGCAGCGUUUAAAACUCUGUGUUUGUGUUCAACAGCUUACAUUUGACGAUUUGAUGAAAGAAACAUGAUAAAUUAAGUUGUCAAUAAAUAUAUACUUUCAAAUGCCAUGUAAUUAACGUUUUAAAGUAAACCUGUAGACGUACCUAACAAGGUAUAAAUAUGGUUGAAUAUAGACCGAUACAUGCUCACGGAAACUCCAGCCAUGUGUCAAACAUUGACACGUUUGCAGGAGCUCGUUGUUAUUUCGCGUGUUAAUAAAUCAUCCGAGGUCACAUGACUUCAGCAGGUUGUCCAAAUAUUUUUUUUUCAAACCCAACGUUUUUCCAUCUUAAGUUGUGGGAAAACGACUACCUUACAUUAAUUUACGGGCUUUUACGCAUAAUUUUUAAAAUAAAUAAUCGCUAAAUUAAGCACUUAAUGUUGUUUUGUGGAGCUAAGUUAUAAAUGUUUAAGUUAAACGUUCAACUUACGAAACAAGUCGACGUCUUUUUAAGGAAUAACGUCACCUUAGUUAGCCCGUCGUUGUCCUUAAAACGUUUGAUAUACUAUCAAACUGCAUGCACUCACAUGCUGUUGGCAUGGCGCCCGACCUGCGCAUUAAACCUGAACCAAACCACAUUCAUUGUUUAGAUUAAUUAGUCUUGAUGUUGCUCUCAGUGGGGACAUACUGCAGAAAAGGAGAUUAUCACACAUUGUUGUCCAAUAAAAUUAACAAAUCUACAAUUCGGCGUAUAUUUAAACCUCAAAAUUUGACCCGUUGCGAUAACUUAAAACUGUUGAAUCAUCUGUUAUUGCAAUCCAGUACUGUAGAUAGCAUUAGUGCGUCUGUUGACUUUGACUCGAAAAUAGCCGACUCUAAUUGAGCGGUUUCUGCCUGAACACUGCAUACUAGCUAAAGUCUCUGUCUCCCAGUCACUGUCCUGUUAAACCAGGAGGUCUUGUGAGGAGAGAGAUGUGUGACGUUAACAUGGAUACCAGCUCGGAUAAUGUUACUCGGAUUUGCAGCAGGAAGGAUGCCGCGUUGCAGCAUGAGCGCUUGAACAACACGGACAGGUCUGACAUGAAAAUAACAUUUUGUGAACUAUGAACGUGCAGAGCAGGCGGCUAAUGUUUGUUAGCCGCUGAUAAUAAAAUGUAGGUCAUGAGGCCAGGUGCGACCUAGACUGUGCUUCUGUAGCCGAGCGAGUGGAACAUUGUGAGGAGGACACCCUGCUCUUCAUUUGCUGUCGUUUUUAUUAAUAUCUUUUUAACAGUACGGGUGUUCCCUUGUCACAAAUAACUAAAAUAGUGUCGCAUUAGCUCAUCAGCAGUGGUUCAGUUAUAUGUUAGUGGGUCACCCGGACAUAUUUUGUAUCACAGGCGGUCAUGUAAGGAUUUGUGCUUUUGUACGUUUGCCUCUAUGCACUAAAUCAACGUUUCGACAAUAUUAAUAUCAUUUCUUAGAUGAAAGUAGACUAUCUUCAUCCCAUGCGAAAAACUAGAGAAUUAUUUUUACGGUGACGUAUUUCUGUUUUUAAGUCUUCCAGUGGAUAAUGGUCGUUUCAUCCAGCCUUACUUUGCUGAAUUUGACAUAUAAAUAAAGACUAAUAGUAGAAGUGUACAGCCUUGUCCCAAAUUCGUUAUUUUUUAUGAUAAUGCCUGGUUAUCACAUCAAAAGGAAGCGGUUGCGUUUUGCACCUGCCACGCAUGCGCACUGACUGGAGUCUGGCCCGAAAAUGUUGAUGUUGCUAUGGUAAUGUCUUCCUGUGAGAAGGUCACAAGCUCUGCCUGCAGAGUGGAUGUCUGGUGUUAUUGCAGAGCAUCCUUUCCCUGUCAUCAAUUAAUUAAACAUCUAUAUGAGUUUCAGCGUGUUCUGUUAUUUAUAUUUGCUUUUUAUUGUCAUUUGGCAGCAUGGCGGAUUACUUAAUCAGUGGCGGCACAGGCUACGUGCCUGAGGAUGGACUCUCAGCUCAGCAGCUUUUCUCAAUUGGAGACGGCCUUACCUACAAGUAAGUUUCUGUUGCAUACUAACCCUGUUUUUUUUUUUUUUUGGAUGAAAAUGUGACUAAAAAGUUAUACCAUUUGUUGAGAGUAAGGCUCCUGAAUUCAAAGCCUCAACUUUGCGCUUAAGUGGGUUAAAAUGUACGCAGUAGUUCAUUGUAAUGGCCCAAACGUUUUGAACCAGCAGAUCUGACCAACAGUGCGUUGUCUCCGAUGGUCAUACGGCUGAAGAGCUAUGCUCUAAAGGAGAUGGGUUGACUUACAAGUGAGUAAAACAGUCAUCUUUAAACCAUUUUGACACUCUCCUGUUCAGAAUCCUUUGUCUCUCCGAAUAGGAAAUUCACAAGGAGGAAGCAAAUGACUGUCCUUCUAAAGAAACUUCAUGCUAAUUGAACAAAUCCAUGCCUUAAUCUCAGUCUGAUAGUGCAUGGAUGCAGAUGUUAAUGGUACGCUUGUUUGAAUGCUUAAUCUGAUCUUGGUCAUGGGGAUCAAAUUUGCUUCCUGUGCUACAUAACUUCAUUAUUAUCUUCAUCUAACCUUCUAAGUGCACAAAUUGUACUGUAAGUGCAGCACACAUGACAGAACAGCUUGUGCUCUUACUCAUCACACUUUAAUGAAUUACUAAUCCAGCACUAAUUUUUCUUUUCUCACUCAACCUUAAUUUGCACUGCUUUGACUCUGCUGAUAAUUACGCAACUUUAGCGCUUGAACUCACCAUGCAUUUUGACUGAAUGAUCUUUUACACUAAUCCAUGUAUCACUGUUUUUUUUUCCUUCUUUUUAAUCACCACAAAAGUCUAAGCAAUUGUAGUGGGUGUUGUAAGCAUAAAACCACAAUACUUUCUCUUGUUAAACUCUCCUCCUAAUCCAACUCUUAUACAGUUUAUUUGUCACAAAUCCUAACAACCACUACAAUAAAUGCUUAUGAUGCCACAAUGUUGCAAAACCAAGCUCAGUUUGGAGUCCUAAUCAACAUUAAAUGCAAAAAUGUCUCGCUCUAACCCCCUCUACUCCACUGAAGAUAAUUGAAUUGAAGACGUAAUGGUGCUCGAGUGUGUACAUAUGCGGUUGGACAACCUUUCCACGGUGUAAUGAAGUGCAUCACGGUCAAAGGACAGUUUGCACACAUGACGGCCUGAAUUGACAUCAUGUGGAUAUCAGGUGGAAUUGGGGUGAAUGAGGUUGUCAGGGCAUGACAGUGUCUGCAAUAUCGAUCAUUUAACGCCAUCUAUUGUGUCUCUACCCCUUCCAAACCAAAUUCAAUCACUACAGAAUGUAGUUCGUAGGUUUUGCUGCCGGUUUCUGAGGACACUGUGUAAAGUAUUUGAAAUGGCUUAGAAAGGGAAGCUGCUAUUAAACUACUAUUUAUUGUUUUGAUGUAUGUAGACCUGGGCCACCCUAAGAUGAUUGUGAAAGUUGAGACGCUUUGAAGCACCUCCUUAAAUGAUCCGUGUAAUUUAAAGAAACAGUUUCACAAGUUUCACAAGCCUUAAGGGCAACUUUCCCGGAAAACAUGAAAUGACACCUUUUUGAUUUAUAACCAAAGUUAAAUACAUAUGAAGACCUUGGGCUGCUUUAAGAGCAUAUAUUUCUGAUACUUGCCUUGUUAUUCUAGGAGUAACAUGUACACAACACAAAGUACCACACCCUCAAAGAUUUGAAGCUGGUACACGUGGAAGGACAGAUAUCUGUUUGAGCUCACGAGCACCAGCUGUGAACCUGAAGCACUCCCACUCGGCGUAUUGCAUUUGUCUACAUUUUACAGUCAAAUCUUAAACCAUAAUAAUACACCAACAAGCAAGUGUUUUCGUUACAAGUCAAAGCACGAGUCAGUAGAUCCAGUCUGUGUGCUGCAGUUGAGGUUUGUGGCUGCUGCUAAUUGCCAGCAGAUGUCUGCUUGGUUUUCUGAUUAUGUUUUUAUGUUGAUGUUUAUGGGUAUUUGGGCUCUAAAGCCAAAAGGGAAACCAAAGUGACUCCUCCCUUUGUGGCGUCCCGUGUAGUGUAACCGUUUCAGUCCUUUACCUCACCCACACUGAUGCAACAAAGUUUGUUAGCAAACCGGCCCUUCUAGCUUACCGUACCCUCCUUUUUAAACAACCUGUUCCAUAUUCCCUCAAUCUCCUGAGAUUUCUUCCAACAUCCACCCAGCACACAAAGCCUCCCUUAUUCUCCCAUCUUUCCCUUACUCAUCCCAAAGCCUGUACUCUACACCCGUCUGCAAAAACCACAACAUACUUGCGGACUCUGGUUGAAAAAUGAGCGCACCAUUCCUGUGUCCUCUCGUUCCUCAACUCAUUUUGUGCAGCUUCUUCUAAGGGGAGCCUUAAGAGGUGAACUGUCGUUAUUUAUUUUUGAAACGUAAAGGACACUCCCAGUUUCACUCACUGUCUGCAUGCAGCCACUUAAAAAUACUCUGAAAACCACGAGGAGACAGAAACGUGUAACAGGCCAAAGCUUGAGGCUUAACUUCAGCAUUGUUGAAGUUAAAAAAAGCAGAACAGAAGUUCAAAAGGAGAUCUGGAAGCAAUCAGGAAGCUUCAACCAAGUUCAAAAAGUUGGGGCGCUGUGUUAAAUGUCAGUAAAAGCAGAAUUUGGUGGUUUGAAAAUCAUCUUAACUUCACAUUUAAUUGAAAAUCAUACAUCAUCCUUAAUUUUAAAGGUUUGGGAAGAACGUAGACCAGCUUCUAAAAUUGAACACGUGAAAUGUUCCAUGAGUGACACGUCAGGACUGUGGGCAAGCCAGUUUUGCUGCCUUUGGCUGAUGAGUGCGGGUUGACGUUUCCUUGCUAAAACAUGCAAGUUCUUUCCUUAAAAGAGGCAUUGUUUAGAUGAACCUCGAUUGUAGUGCCUGUAAAUGGGUAUGGACAGAUGUAUAAGCUACCUACGGUGUGGGCACAUAUCCAUCUCUGGACCACCACAGACACUGGCUUUCGAACUGGGCUGAAAAAAGUGGUCUCUCUUUUCUCACAAGUGUAGGGUUCCAGUUUCUUGGAAUCAGCCAUGAUUUCCAAAAAGAGCGUCACAUUUUGAGUUGUCCAUCAACCGGACAGCUUUCCACUUCAUGUGCCUGAAUGGUUUUCUCUUUGCAUGUUACAAUUUAAACCUGCAUUUGUAAAUGCAGCGACAGACCACGUUCACUGACAGUGGAUUUUGAAAGUGAUUUCCACUACAGAGUAAUGCCUGUUGUUGAUAUACUGCUCCCUGAACACUCAAAGAUCAUGACCAUCCUGUAUUUGUUUUCAGCUUUAUCCCAUUUUUACGUAGAACCCUCUUCUUCUUUGACUCUUGAAAUGAUAGUAUGAAUCAUAGUUGACAAAAUCCUCAAAUUAUCUGUAAGUUUGAAACUGCUGAAAAAUUUGCUCAUGAGGUCUCUCAUUAGACUCAGCCUUUGGGAGGCUCUAUUUAAACCUAGUUGUAACACUAACAUGUUUCAUACUAACCUAAUAAGUUGGGAGAUGUUGCAGGUGAAUUUUUAUGAUUCACUUUCCCAACUUUUGUUCAAAUAUGUUGCUGGUAUCAAAUUUGAAACGAGCUUAUUCAUUAUUUUUCCUAAUACAGUGAUUCUUUUUUUUUUCAGUUUCAACAUUUGAAAUGUCUUGGCGCCAUUUUCUAUUAAGUGUAGAGUUUAAAUGAUUAGCAAACCAUCAGAAUCUCUCGACAUUGUAAAAUCAGAAUCACAACCGAGAAAUCUGCUUUUCUUGGAGCGUAAUUAAAACUAAAGAUCGUCAAUCGUACAUAGUGUUAAUUAAUGGUCUUCUGUUUCUUUGCAUUGGCCUCUGACUGUGCAUCUUGUUUAUGUCUUUCAGUGACUUCCUGAUCCUCCCCGGCUUCAUCGACUUCACCUCAGACGAAGUGGUGAGUACAGACGAGUGUUGAAAUAUUUAAAAACUCUAUUCAAAGCACAAAAAGUGCAGUGAGGUCUAAAGAUAGUCGCACUUCACUGUUAUGUCUCUACAAGAAAACCAUGUCUUCAGCUCCCAACCUCCUACAAAGAUAUAUCUGUAUAUGAAAUAAUGCAGCUGCGUCCUCAUUCUUUCCACUUAACAACCGUCUACUGAAGUCUACCAGCCAAGGCGUCGUUUGCAUCGCUUACAAAAACAGCCUUGUUUUGACUGGUUUAAACUUACUCCAACACUUUUUUUUUUUUUUUACUCCCUGCUGCUUUGCUAUUUUUGCCCGGCGUGGUCACCCUCCGUCUGCUCCCUCGCCCCUCGUGUUUACACUUGUGUCUGCUCGGUUGCUCGUCCACCUCUCUUAGCAGAUGACAGAGGAGUUAAUCCCUCAGCUUUGGAUAAAAUCCCUCUCCUCUGCUCCGUCCAUUUGAGGGAGGUUUUAAAUGAAUUGAUAUGUGUAAUCUCUCGCUGUUGCCUUUAGUGUUGGUUGGAGAGCUGUCGUUUCAGCGUGAGAUGCUUGUCUGAGCGGCUGUGUUGUCAUGGGUUGGUUGUCUCCACCGAGUCUAGUUUUGCCCUACUUUUUCACAGGAUAGUGAGCCCAUUCAAGCUUAAAUAACACAAAUGCUUCCACAUUUGGCCUCGGCUGCAACUCUGGAUGAAGUCACUUGCAUUCACACUGUGAUUCUGUAGACUUUAAAGGAAUACGUUAUAUACUUUAAAGCAGUUGCACUCCAUGUACAGCGAAGAGGUACAACGGGUACAUGAAGCAGUAGUGGGAAAUUCUUCCUACUUGUGAUGUUCUAGUUCUUUCCUAACCCUCAGUUGAAUUUAGCAGGUGAGUGCAGAUGUGCUCGCUGAAUAGAGAAGUGAUAUAAGCUGCUGUGUGGUAAUUUGACCAUGAACCCUCCUGAGAAAAACGUCCAUAGUUUAUGUCUGUCGCAGAUAACGGAGGUGAAGCUCGGACACUCCAGGGCUCAUUUCGUGGUUUCCCAUGUGUUGAGGAAUGUCAUUAUUUUCACACUGUGGCACCUGAAGAUGGGAAAAAUCCGGCACUAGCUGACUGUUGUGGGAAAUCAGGGAGGUGUGAAAGUAAAUUGAGGCUGUCUGAGGAACAGUGGUGUGGGCUUAUUUCCUUAUGUGGAGUGUUUCUGAAGAACGUUUUGAUGAACUGGUCUGUUAAGUUUGUAUAAAGAUAUCUAAUGUUACAACAAGGUGUUUGCUGAUGUUCUUAAGCUUUAAUUAUACAUAUUUAAUUACAUUUAAACAAGGACAGACUCAUUUGUAUGUUGAAGGUGCUUAAGUAAAGCCUUAUUAUAGAAAUGUGAAAGUGGGACACACAAAUCUGAUGGAUAAAGAUUAUUUAUUUCAAAUUUUCCAGUUUUUCAGAGCAAAAGAUAAAAAAUUGCUAUCAGAAUUGGCAAAAUUAAUAAAGGUACUCAAUGUCCUGAAGAGCUUUGUGUGUUGUCUUUGACCUGACUGUUGGUUUUUGCUCUUGCAGCGCUCCUGCAUGAAAAUAGUCUGCUGCAAAUGUUGCUCCCUGUCAUUUAAGGUUAUCCACAUCAGUCUUAGUGGAACAGAUUGAGGACAUGACUUAACAAGAUCAUGCAAGUUUACUCUGCCCCCUGGUGGCGCUUAAGCAAAAUAACAAACAAACUUCUUUUUUUUUUCUGUUUAAAUUCUUAGGACCUGACAUCGGCGCUAACCAGAAAGAUCACUCUGAAGACCCCUCUUAUCUCCUCCCCCAUGGACACUGUCACAGAGUCAGCCAUGGCUAUCGCUAUGGCGGUAAGAGACACUUCAUUACCUCCACAGUUGAAAUCUCAAAUGCAAACACUUGUUGAUUUACACCACUGAAAUCUUCUUUUUACUCUGCAGCUAAUGGGAGGAAUCGGCAUCAUUCACCACAACUGCACACCAGAAUUCCAGGCCAAUGAGGUCCGCAAGGUUAAGGUAGGUUCUCACUCUGUUUCGCGUGGAGAAAACGUUUCUAAAAUCCUCUGCAUGUUUGGCAGAAGUCGUAGUAGUAUUAGUAGUGGUAGUAACGUUAUAAUUAUCUUAUUGUUGUUCUUCUUAAAACACUAAACAGAUUAAAGUAUUAACCUCAAACAACCUCCCUAAGCUCGCCUUUGACCUCUCAUCUCAUCCUGUCCCUCUUUUUAGGUUAUGGUAAUUGUCUUCCACCUGUGUGUGUUUUCUAUUGUGUGUGUGUGUGUGUUUUUUUUUUGAUAACUAACUUUAGUUUUGUGUGCGCACUAAUAUGCCUCUAUCAAGUCCAGUGUGUGGUUUUGCGCUGCUUCUGCUGCUUUUACUAAGAUGUAAAGAGAGAGAAAUCACCUUCUUUUUUUUCUGUUUGUUUUCAGAGGUUUGAGCAAGGCUUUAUUACAGACCCAGUCGUGAUGAGUCCGCGCCACACAGUUGGAGAUGUGUUCGAGGCCAAAGUCAGACACGGCUUCUCUGGUAUCCCUGUAACCGAAACGGGCAAAAUGGGCAGCAAGCUGGUGGGCAUCGUCACCUCCAGAGAUAUUGACUUCCUCUCUGAAAAAGACCAUGACAGACCCCUAGAGGAGGUGGGUGGUGCGUAUUUUUAGAUAACUGAGUGCUCAAAAUGAAUAAAAGUUUCACUCAUUCAGGUUUUUUAUUCUUUCUAAUUUUAAGGCCAUGACAAAGAGAGACGAGCUCGUCGUUGCUCCAGCCGGUGUCACACUCAAAGAGGCCAAUGAUAUCCUGCAGCGCAGUAAAAAAGGUGAGCAAAAGCUCGCAUGACACAGCAGCACUCCGUCUCUUUCUCAUGUAGAUUUCAAACCUCAUUUUCGCUUUGAUCAUAACCAGGCAAGCUUCCUAUUGUCAACAACAACGACGAGCUGGUGGCCAUCAUCGCAAGAACAGAUCUGAAGAAGAACAGGGACUACCCGCUGGCCUCCAAAGACUCACGCAAACAGCUGCUGUGUGGAGCGGCUAUCGGCACCAGGGAAGACGAUAAAUACAGACUGGACCUGCUGGUGCAGGCUGGAGUGGACGUCGUCGUACUGGUGGGCACAGUUUUGAUUUUGAGAGAGAUGGACAGUGCAUUCGCAACUGAUCUAGAAACUUAUAGAAAUAGUGAAAAUUUCAUGUGGAGCUUUUUUCUAUGUAAUCAUGUUAAGAUCAUAGAACGUUUUUUUAUGCUUGAUGCACUUUUACUUAAAUCCUGACUUUUCUGUGCCUCUCCAGGACUCUUCACAGGGAAACUCAGUGUAUCAAAUCAACAUGAUUCAUUACAUUAAACAGAAGUAUCCAGAGUUGCAAGUGGCGGGAGGAAAUGGUGAGUAUAUUGUCAUGGAAAACAUGUAUAUAAAUGAUAAGUGUGUACAUACUCUCUUUUUUUUGACCAGGUUUCACAGUUUUUACUCAUUUGUUAAUAUUUUAUCCCCCUCCCCCCCGUCCACAGUGGUCACAGCAGCCCAGGCCAAGAAUCUGAUCGAUGCUGGUGUCGAUGCUCUGAGGGUUGGGAUGGGCUGCGGCUCCAUCUGUAUCACACAGGAAGGUACUCACUCCUUUUUCUCAUUUGCACAGUUAAGUUGAAUACAGGAAGUAACUCAGAUAAGGAAACGCACAUCAACACUAGCUCUACCUGUUCUAUAUUUGGCUCCGAGCUACAGUGAGAUGAGGGGAAAAAAAAGGUAUCAGUUGCUAAUGGUAACAGAUACCCUGAGACCACUCCUAGUUGUCAUGGUGAUCUGCCAAGGCCCCCUAUUCUGUGUUGCCAUGGUGACUGGCCUCUCUUGCUCCGACUGGGCCACGUACACCAAAAGGAACAUGCGAGAGAGGACAUGAGGCUAAUAAUAUCUCUGUGAAAAAGCUCAUUUAUCUCAGCCAAUUUGCAGUUUUUUUGUGUGUCCCUCGCUUUGAUAAUUGUUCAAAAUGUCAGAGACACCUGAUUCGUCAUCACAUUAGUCAUGUCAGAUAUGUUUUCCACUCUCUAGUCAUGGCGUGUGGGCGGCCCCAAGGGACCUCGGUGUACAAGGUAGCAGAGUAUGCCAGGCGUUUCGGUGUCCCUGUGAUCGCUGAUGGUGGCAUCCAGACUGUGGGUCAUGUGGUGAAGGCUCUGUCCCUCGGAGCGUCGACUGGUGAGAUUUCAGAGAUUGUUGAAAGACUAUGAAAAAGCCAAAAUUUCUCAUUUCUAAUUUUACAACAGACACAAAAAAUAUAAUGUGCAUGAAAAUCUAAAAUCACUCAUGUAGGUGUGAUAUAAACCUGUAAUUAGCUUGUAAUGAAACCACAUAGGACACAGUAUAAAUGAACUAGCAUGAAAGUCAACACAUGAGAGCCUCGAAUAGCUUCUCUGUUGUUACCGUGGACAACAAAGCUCACAACAGUUAGGAGGUGAGUUAAGGUUGUGCAAAAAAGGAUGAAUUUUCCUUUCCUUCCUCCCUUCAGUUAUGAUGGGCUCGUUGCUAGCAGCAACCACCGAGGCACCAGGGGAGUACUUCUUCUCAGACGGCGUGCGGCUGAAGAAGUACCGCGGUAUGGGCUCCCUGGACGCCAUGGAAAAGAGUACUAGCAGCCAGAAACGCUAUUUCAGGUAUGUGGAGUAAUUUAAGGUCAUGAUUCAAUAAUGACUCAUUUUAAUGCUGUAAGUCUAUUGGAGGAGAACUGAUUGUUGUGUCUGCACAGUGAGGGUGACAAAGUGAAGGUAGCCCAGGGGGUGUCAGGCUCAGUCCAGGACAAGGGCUCCAUCCACAAGUUUGUACCUUACCUGAUUGCUGGGAUCCAGCACGGCUGCCAGGACAUCGGGGCAAAGAGCCUGUCCGUCCUCCGGUGAGUCAUGUGUGAAAUAAUGAUAGUUGUACAGAUAUUUACUCUUAUAGAUGUUAUACUCUAUGCUAAAAUGUUUCUAUCUCCACCAGCUCCAUGAUGUACUCGGGAGAGCUUAAGUUCGAAAAGCGCACCAUGUCAGCACAGGUGGAGGGAGGAGUCCAUGGUCUCCAUUCGUAAGUACAAAAACACACCAGAGCAUCUUUGCUGCUCUCUCUGUCUGAUUUAAUCAAAGGUGUUAACUCUGGUAACAGUUUAAAAGUUAACAAAGAUAUUAACUCAAAUGACAGUUCAUUAAUUUAACUUAAUUCAAAUCUACAAGGUUGUAUGAUCUUGCUUAAGUUGUCUGUGAUCCGUCUUACCAUCUAAGAGAAAUGAUUUCAAUGCUUCUUCUUCCUCAUGCAGACAACCUCACCUGUGUGCUCUUAGAUAGGAAUUCAGCUUCAGACUCUUCUGGCUCCCAAAAAGCUCUUUAUAGCUUUGUGAAUAAUCAAGAAGCAGCUGUUAAAGCUGAAUUUUUUGUGACUGACAAUACAAAUCAAGUAAAAAUUAUGUCAAAGAAAACAGAAUUUAACUAAAGUUUGGGGAUUUAAUAAUAGUCUUUUAAAUCUAAGUCCACUUUAGAAGCAAAAUUACAAAAACUAACCCUAAUAAUAAAGAACUAACAGAUAAACUGGUGUGUGCCCAGCGUAAUGCAUGCCAAAGAGUCAGAUAUUCUUCAUUCUGGGAGAAUAAAGUCUUCUGAGGUUAAUCAUAAAAAAUUGUAAUAUGAUAUUAAUUUGUUUUGUGACAGAAAUUGCGAUUUAUAUGUCUUCCCAGUCUCAUGAACAACGCAUGUCCAAUUUUUACUGAAGAGCAGAGCCAGAAACAACUAAACUGUUUUUUCAGUGUUGAUGGGUUUUUAACAUUUACUUGUGAAAAUGAAAAAAAAAAAAAAAAAAGACAAAGCACUUAUUUCUUUCCGAUUCUGUUCUGUCACCAGUUACGAGAAGCGGCUUUACUGAACAAGGAGGGGACGAAGUGCACACCAGCGGUGCAUGUGACACACCCAAUCUAACAGUGACCAAAUAUGAAAUCGCCACUAAAAAAAACCUGCAACUCCCACUACACCAUCUCUGCCCUCCCCUGCAUCAUACCCACUGUUACUCUCUCUCUGAUCCAAGCCAGCUGCCUUGGAGAGAAAAGAGACCUCGUAGUGAAGUGAGAGAAUCUCCAAACUGACACCCGGCUUUCUGAACACCUGGGAUUUUGCACUCGAGAAGCGGCGAAUCAGGGUUUUCAGAACAACACACACCUGUAUCAUGAGUGGGCAGCCGAUCCCGUCUUGUUGCGCGCGUCGAGAGAAUGAAGUGUGUGUGUGUGUUUGGAGAAUGGAGGGUAGUGUGUUUGUGUGUCCGACUAUGAUGUAGUUAAAAAUGUGUUUAAGGACAAAGUGAAGGUGCACCACGUUUAUUUGUCCUGCUACUAGUAGUGAAUCUAAAACACCCAUGGUGCAAAGCCUAUCAGCAUAUUCUUUGGCUUCUUCGCGGAUUCAAGCCAACCAGCUCUUCCCUACCGGAAGCCUUUUCCAUCCCAGAUCUUAACUACACAAGUACAUGUGCAUAAUACAAAACACUUGUGUCUAUGUGCAGUAUGUUGGUGUAUCACUGCAUUCUUACCUUUUUUUUUUUUUUUUUUUUUUUUAAACAUUAAAACUCACGACAGGUAUAAGCUACUCAAGAAAAAGUAGCUUUUUUUUAAUUUAGCGUAAUGUUGCAUAUUGUUUACUUCAUGUAUUGUGCAUCGUGCAUUUUGCCAUGAUGAUUGUCCAGAUGACUUUGCAUCCUCCAGUGUCUGCCUACAAUGAGCAGAAAGCCCCACAGUGUUAUCCACUGUGGACACCCAGAGCCAAAUGAUUAGAGCCCCAUCUCACUGCAUUGUGUUCAUAAGUCGAGCAUGGAGGGGACCAAAAGAUGAAGAUCAGGUAUGUUUGAUAGAUAAAGUCCUACAAUCAAUCAAGAAUGAGAGCCUGUGAUUUGAAUACUUUUAGAAGGCAAACUUUAUAUUAAAUCUGUAUAGUCUGAGGGGCCUCAAAUUGAGCAUGAAGUGUUUUUGAUAUGCAUGUUUGUUUUUUCACUGUAUUUAUAUUCUGCUUUGGUGUAACUGCAUACAUACUGCCAAGUGUAUUUACACUUCCUCUGACACUCUUCUUUUGUAAUUUCUAAACCAAAUUGAGUCGCUUGUUACCUUGUCACAUGUUCAUUCCUGCGUUAUCAGCGUGGCAUAGGUUCUCUUUAAUAGGUUCGUUUUAUUUCUAUUUUUACCAGAGAUAUGCCUUCAAACAGGGAUGGAAAAAGGCUGCACUUGACAGCUCAGUGAAUACGCAAAAUGCUACACACCCUGUCGCCUCCUUUUCUUACUUUCAACAGCACGUCGUAUUUGUUAUUGUCGAGCUUUACAUAGGAGUACGCUUUUCUAACAUUUUCAUACUGGAUGUCUCAUUUUUGCAAGUUGUAAUUUUUGUUUUUUAAUCGUCCCAGAUUGUCAAGAAUUAAGUUGCUAAUGCCAGUCGUCGUGCCCUGCACAUGGUUCACUUGACUAACAAAAUUCUUGCAGUUGGACAGAAUAGCUAGGAAAUGUAUAUGGAGAAAUAUAUGCCUAUAUUCAGUUGAAAAUGUCAGCUGCUUGUUUUCAGUUUCCUGUCUAAAGAGCAAAUCCAGGGUGGUAUGUCUUAUUUGUAAGGUACUGAGUCCUGUCAGUCCAUCUGAAAAGCACAAAUAUAGUGUUAAAUGGGAGAUUAGUUUACAGUUUUUUUUGUUUGUUUUUUUUAGAGUUGCACUUUUAAUGAUUUCUUCUUCAAUAUAUUGCAAAGCAGCCACAGUUGCAAGAGCGCAGUUUUGUAUUUAACUACCAAAACCUUAAGGGGAGAAAAGGCUUCUUAGAUGGAUGGAGAAGACUCGGUACUCAAUGAACCCAUGUUUAAGUUUUAAGUACCAUCACUUCUAAACAUGUUUACAAUACAACACUCAACAGAGGAAAUAUUGCUUUUGCUGUUCAGUAUAGUAAACAAUAAAUGAAUCAAACUGUGUCUGGAUUUCCGUUUCAUUCACUGUGAAAAGUUGUUUCACUGGGUUUGAAGAAAAAGACACCAAAUAUAAUAAAGCAAGCUUUAUUAAACAAUAUUCUGAGCAAAAGUAUGGAUGAACAUAAAUAAAUUAUUAAGCCAGUCAGUGUGAGUAGAAGCAGAACCAUUUAUGGUUUAUGAAGGAGGAUACGGCAACAUAGUGUGCUUUUCACCAGUAGAGGGCACUGCUGCUCCAUAACUGCAGAUAACACGAGUGGCAUGUUGACAUGGAGAGUUAAUAGCUUUACAAACUCAGUUAUACUCCCAUCAUCAAACACGAGAUGUAAUGAGAAUGCUUUUGGCAGAGAUCGAAAGGGUAUGAUUUCAGUAGUAUUUAAUAAGUGCUUGAUUCAGUCACAGUACUAUCUAUUGGAAUGUUUGAAUGCAAUAAAAACAUUUGUACAAAUAAAUUCUUCUUUUCUCCACUCAGGAAAGUGUUACAAUUCUUUUGACAGUAUUAAACUUCACCAGCCAUUAUCAAACAUGUAAAAGUUACAAAUUACCUUUUGGCUUUUGACAUUCUUGGCACUUUGAUCCUCAUAGACAUUCACUAAUGACCACUUCAGAAAGCUCAUCAAACCUCCAAAAACCCUAAUUUGGCAGCUAUACGUCUUCCACCGUGUAUUCAAAAAUACCCAAACACCUGACAGUCAACUUGCACACUCCUUUAAUCUGUCCUCGUAACUCGUCUUUGACCACACUGUCCUUUUAUAAAUCAAUAGUCUCGCUGCAGAUACUCAAAGCAUCGAUUUGUCUGCAAACACUGAUGAACUCCUCCUGUACGGAUCGGUCUGCCUCUGACGACAUAUCCAGGUCAAGGCUCUCCUGAGAGGCUGCGCCCAGUGUUUGAUAGUUCCUCUGUGGGUCAGUGUGACCGGGUGGCACUUGGCCUGUGCCCCCUUGCUGCUGGAGUUGAAGUGCAUGUCUCUCUGGGCUUGGGCAGAGGACCAGUGAGGAGCCCCCCAGAGAGGCUCGGUAGAGGGAGCAGGAGGAAGAGCUGCCCCUCCAACGUUCAGGAGAGGAACAGCUCGAGGAUGACGACAGGGAAGGAGACGGUGGUGCACCUACGACAGUGUCUCCUUGAGAUCCGGCACAAGGGGGUUUGGGUAUGGAGGUCAUCUCUACGCAGGAUGAGGUCCGAUACAGGCCAGAGUCAGACGAAAGGGGAUCGCAGAGGCCGUUGCUUGGAAGUGCACUGUGGUUGUUCAUAGAUAGAUCACUGCACCGAAGAGGCCUGGUGGGGCUAAAGAGGCUCAUGGGGAAAAGGGAAUCACUGAAGAGGGCCUCAUCUAUGCUGCGACGCAGGUUGAUCGGUGAAGGCGGUCGCAGGUCUGUGGUGGAGUCACUGGUAAAUGAGGAUGCACCUGAUGGAUCCCUGCCGCCACUGUCCUCAGGUUUUACUGAACCCUGUAGGUCCAUAUCUAAGUCUAAGUCUCGGUAUGCCAAGGCCCUGUUGCUGUGGUAAAGAAGAUCGAGGCCAUUCAGGCUGCAACCAAGUCUCUCAUCCACCAGAGUGUAAAGAGGUAGGCUUUCGGUCUCCCCGAGCCCAACGGUGUCAACGAUGGCGAGCUUCUCAUGCUGGCUCAGGUUCCACUGGUAGGUCCCAGGCAGGAUCGGCGAUUUUGUUGCCAACAGUUCUGUCCAACAGCUCCCUGCGGCCGGGAGGUGGUCAGAACAAUAGACUGGUUGUGCCACCACCAAGGCCAAGGUGAGACAGACUGCCAGUUCACACAGUCUGCAGCUGAACUGAAAAGCCCACCAAGGCCAAGGAUGGAAGACCUCCUCACCACCUGCGAUUCCCAGAGCAUUAAGAAUCGCAUACAACUGCAGUCCAGCACAGGCCAGAGAAAACAAUGCUGAAAUACACACUGUUACAGCAGCACGGUCCCAGUCUCGACUCUCAGCAAAGGGGCAGCGGUUGUAGCGCUCAGCAGGGGUCGGAGACGUGUUAUUCAGGUGGUAGAUGUGCUUCGAGUCUGCCCUCACGUAGAUGUAAAACACAAAAUAGGCAGUGGACAAAAAUGUGGCCAGUGCAACAAAGGCUCCGCGGGAGAGGAGUGAAAGAAAGAGGCAAAGGGGAGGCUUCUCCUGGUAGAGCUUCAGCAAUGUCACUGGUCCGAAUGCAGCAGCAAAGUGCAGGACAACAAGGCAGGCCAGGAAACACGGUCUCUGGAAGGCUGAGUAAGAAAGCUGCAUUCUGGAGCGCAUGGAGAGGAGUAGGAAAACCAGGCCGAACGCCGCAGUCAAGCAGGGAAAUGGUGCUUCGUAGAGCAUCAGUGAGGCUUCUGUGGAAGGUAAGCGGUCCUGGUGGCCGUAGGCAUCAUACAGGAGCGAGAAAGAUCUGGUACAACCAGCAGCCAGUAAAAAAAGGCUCACUAGGGCAAAGUAGCCACAUCCAGAUGGACACCGCAGUGGCAAGCACAAGAGAUUGAGUGCUGAAGCUAGUGUCACCAUGGCAAAGGCACAUCCAGUGCCGUAAACAUGUGCCUCCCAUGCAAGGCCCCAAGCAGCCAUGGCACUGUUCCAGUCAGUGUAAAGCGGCACCAACAUGGGUGGCGCUGGGAUCAGGAAAGGGUUGACUGAUUGGUUUGUGGCAGUGGUGUUUUGUGUUGGCUUGAUAUCUAAGGGGGGCGUGGAGUCCCAGGUGUCAGACAGGUUGCAAAUCCCAGAGUGCUCUUUGUUGCAGUCUGGAAGAAAGGUGAUAUCGCUGUCCGUCAGGCUUGUCAUCCAGUCUUCAGUGUAUGCAGGUAUAUUGGCAGUUUCUCUGGGUUUGCCUGAAACGAGAGCAGAAAUUCAUUUUGAUCAGAUUUGGUUGGAAACGCCAGAAAAAACAAGAUUAAUUUUGAAUGAUUUAUGAACAUAUCAAAGAACAAGAAAAUCCCACAACUUAGAAAUGGCUGUAAAUGUCUACUUUUAUGUCACUUAAAAGCAAACUAAUCAUGCAUUCAUGAGAAAUCACAGAAGCAUUUAAUCAGAGUUCAAACUCAGCCAGAAAACAUUUUGGCUCAGGCCCAGCAUGGCAAAAGCGUGCUUUCCUCCUAAUGUGCUAAUCCUGUUUAAAAGCUUGUAAGACGCCAACUUCAAA